AGUGUACUUCUGAUCAGUGCUGCGUAUAUGCCUGUGUUAAGCCUUGACACAAUGGAGGUGCCUAGAGAUGUUUCAGACAGGAAGAAAGUUUGGAGAUCAUAUACCAUAACAAAGCACAGGGGGUUGUGGACUGAUGAAGAGAGUGACAAAUUGGUGGAAGCUCUCCAACUGUUCGAUUGUGAUUGGAAGAAAAUAGAGGAUUACAUCUGCUCAAAGCUAAUAAUCAAGGAGCAGGGCAGGCGCAAAAUUACAAGUCACCCCAAGAAACUGAUGUUAAGGAAAUAAGGACUAUG